ACAGGGUCUCGAGUUCAUCUACACACCAAGAGUAAACUAGCAAGAGGAGAAAUACUUUUAACCGGCCUGUAAACUGACAGUCAAACUGUUUGCAAACCAAAUUCUUAUCGUUUACAGCCAUUUUGGCAGCUUCUCGGGGGCGACACGUGUGUCAUGAAUACGCGUUUGCGCUCUCAGCACCGGUGACUCUUCAGUCAAAAAGUACAGCAGUAGGAAGAGUGCAAAAGACGGAUGUAACACAAUGCACCGCGUCGCCAACGAUACAACGUAGCCAAGCAGCUGUUUAAAGUUUUUAUUUAGAGUUGGAGACGUAUUUUCUUCUUGUAUGCCUUUGUUGGAGGAGUGUUUAUUGAUUGGGAUCAUAUCUCGAGCGCAAGAGUGUGCGUUUCUUACAGAAGGAAUUAUUAAAGGUAAUUUUAAUGGGGUCACAAGGACCAGGACGUAAAAGAACCCCCAGCAAAAAUGGGUUGACUGCCGAGGAAGAUGCCCUCAACAUCAUUGCAAGAGAGGCUGAAGCCCGUUUGGCAGCCAAGAGAGCGGCCCGUGCAGAAGCGCGUGAGAUCAGAAUGAAAGAACUGGAAAGGCAACAGAAAGAGAUUUAUCAGGUGCAGAAGAAAUACUAUGGACUGGAUAAACUCGACAACAAAUGGGGGGACAUUGAGCAGUGGAUGGAGGACAGUGAACAGUAUACACGCUUCUCACAGAGACAUGCUUCGGUGUCAGAUGAUGAAGAACGGAUGUCAGUUGGUAGCAGGAGCAACGUACGGUUGGAUUUGGAAGCGGCAGGUGCUUACAGUGGGCUUCCUCAGGCCUCCUCCUCUCACUCACUUAAGAAGUCCAAGAAAAAGAAGAAACAUUCUUCCAGAGCUAGCAAUGGCUAUGAUGAUGAUCUCAACACAGUAUCUAGUCGGAGCUCCAGACUCAGUGAUGAGAGCAAAAUGUCUCGCUCCUCAAGAAUUGAUCUGCAGUCGAGUGCCUACUAUUCUUCAGAGUUGUACAGCAGCAGUAGUUAUUCCUCUAAACAUCAAGGCCCCUCCUACAAUGGCUACCAGCUGUCUCUGCUGCACUGCAGGAAGUACAGGGGUUCUACAUAUAAGGACAGUCUUUACAGUGGCUCUCGACGCUCCAGUAUUCGUGCUUCCUCUGGAUGCAGUGGUUUCCUGGGCUCCAGCUCUAGGACUUCGUCCAGGGCAAAUUCUGCAUGUGGCAGCCCGGUGGAGGACUGUGGCAGCUCAGUGCCCAGUUAUUUGUGCAACACUGGUAACAGUGGCCUCUCUAGAGACCUAGACCAUGUCAUCAUCCCUGACCUGCCAGAUGUUAAUGGGAGACUGUCUAUGGUUGAUGACCGGUUAGAGCGAGACUACUUGGAAAAGGGCUCUUCACGUGCAUCAACUUUAUCUGGCGCCACUCUUACCUCUUUGGGUGGGACGUCUUCACGGAGAGGAAGUGGAGAUACAUCCAUCACUGUUGACACAGAAGCCUCUAUACGGGAAAUCAAGGAGAUUCAUGAGCUUAAGGAUCAGAUUCAAGACGUGGAGGCAAAGCACAUGCAGAACCUCAAAGAGCUCAAGGAUGCCCUGUUGGAAGUAGAGGAAAAGUUCCGGAAGGCCAUGGUGUCCAACGCACAGCUGGAUAAUGAGAAGACCAAUCUGAUUUAUGAAGUGGACACUUUGAAAGACUCUUUGAUUGGACUGGAGGAGAUGCUCUUUGAAACACGCCGUGAGCUUGAGGACAAGAGUAAGGACCUAGAACGAGAGAAGCAUGCCCACAGUAUACUGCAAUUUCAGUUCACUGAAUUGAAAGAGACAUUGAAACAAAGUGAAGAACUUCUAACUGAGAUCCGUCAGUUACGACUCAAGCAGGAUGGCUUUGUUAGGGAGAUUUCUGACCUCCAGGAAACAGUUGAAUGGAAGAAUAAAAAAAUUGGGGCAUUAGAGAGGCAGAAGGAAUUUUCUGAUGCCAUUCGAAAUGAAAGGGAUGAGCUCAGAGAUGAGGUUGUUCAGCUCAAAGAUAUUUUGAAGAAACAUGGUAUUGUCCUUGGACCUGAUCUGGCCACCAAUGGAGAAACAGGGGAACAAGCAGGAGAGGCUGAUCAGAAUUCUCAAACGUCAUCUGCUGAAAUCAGAGAAGGGAGUAGCGUACUUGGCACUCAUCAGUUGGAGCUGAGUAAAGACCAGCACCAAAAAGAUUUGGAUAAGGAGGUGCAGCUGUCUUCACAUGUCCCAUUCAGUUCUACAAAGACAUCUUUAAAGGCAACCCUUAGGGACAAAAUGAAUCAGGGUGUAGGGCAGUCUGAGAAUAGACCUGAAGUAUCUCCAACUCCUGUUGGUGAAGACGUGCUCACUGCAGCAAGACCCAUUGAAGAGAUCAAAGUAGAGGAGUCCAUACUGGAAGAUUCAGGUUGUAAAAUAGUGGAAUUAGAGUGUAAUGUUCACACUGAUGCACACAUGGGCACAGAUCAACAAGAUGGCAUAAUGCCUGUCGAUCUUAGUCAGGCAGUCAAAGAAGAAACUCCUGUAGAGUCCAUCUCUAGUCCAAUCCCAGAUAAAGAUCAAACUGAUGAGGCAGAGCUUGAUAAUAAAAGCAAAGAAGAGCCUGUGGAAUCGUUUCAAACUGAGAAACUUCCACAAACCCAAGGUGCCAGUGUUUCAAAUAAAAAGAGGAAAAAGAAAAAGAAAGGCAAGCAAAAACAAAGCAAAAAGCAAGAGAGUGACAAACAGGUGGAUGACAAGAAUGUAAAAGUCUUGAGUGAGAAUCCAAACCAAAAGAUGGAAAGUGAUCAAGAGGGUAACCACAAGGAACUCUUAGGGAAUUAUGUAUCCCAAACAACAAUGAAUUCAAAAGUCCCAGCUGAUUCACAUGAUGAUAAAAGAACUGAUGAAACAGACUGUGUUAAAAUACCAAGCACAAAUUUAAAUGCUGAUGAUGCUAGAGACACAUUUCAGUCAGUUACGGAUGAGGCUGAUUCAGGAAAAAGUUCUAAAACCAUCUCAGAUUUUGAUUGCCCUGAAUCUAGAACAAGCACUGGUGUUCUUUCAGAUGCUCAGUCUAAAAGCAGUAUAACUAACCUCACAACUAUUAUUGAUGAACAAACCGAGGACUCAACAAUUCCUGGCCAAGAGGUUGUAAUCCUCUCCAGUGAGAUUGAUUCUUCAGAAAAAAAGGAUUUACUGUCUCAUACACUUUCUUCUAAGCCCAUGAAUGCUGUUGGCGAGUGUGUGGAACCCCCCGAGUCUAUCAGCAACUCUGAAAACAUUGAGGAUUAUUUGUCAAUAGAAGUUAAGGAAGUGAAGAGUGAUCUGGACCGUGAUGCAGUAGAACAGGAGGCAAGGCUCCAAAAUAUUGAUCCAGAUGGGACCACUUUUCAUGAUGAUCAUGAUGCCUCUGCUCUAAAUCUUUCAUUGUCCUCUGUGCUAAAGAAGGCAGAAAAUGAAGCUGAAAUACAAAUACAGGAACAAGCAACAGAGCCCAUUGAUCAGGAGUUGGAAAUUCAUCUUCAGGACAGUAUUCAAGUGGACCAGAAAGACAUUAAGACACAACAAGAUGAUCUAGUUGAAGAAAAUCUAAUAAUAUCUAAUGUGUUCGAUAGAGAAAAUGUUAAAUACACUGCUAUAACUGAUACCCUUGUUCAACACAUUGGAGAAGAAGCUGAGGAGGAGGAAAGGUUACUCCAAAAUCAGGAAAAACAUGAAGCCUGCAUGUCUGGCGAGGAUGAGACAAAUCAGGAAUCAUUAGAAUCAGGAGCCUCUGACCAAAAACUCGAGCUAGAAAAAUGUGAGGAGGAUGAAAAGGACAAAUUAUUCCUAGAUCAGAUUAUACCUGAGGCUCAACUGUCCAGAGAUGAUCUGGCCAGUAAGGAAUCAGUAGAGACAGAAGCCUUUGAAGAACCCAAUCUUGAAAAAGAUGAGGAUGAUGAAAAAGAAAGAUCACUCCAAGAUGAGGUUAAACCUGAGGCUCAGCUGUCUGGAGAGGAUGAAGCCAAUCAGGAAUCAGUAGAGUCAGGAGCCUCUGACCAAAAACCCAAGCUAGAAAAAUGUGAGGAGUAUGAAAAGGAUAAAUUAUUCCAAGGUCAGGUUAUACCUGAGGCUCAAAUGUCUGGAAAGGAUCCGGCCAGUCAGGAAUCAGUAGAGUCAGAAGCCUUUGGAGAACUCAAUCUAGAAAAAGAUGAGGAAGAUGAGAAAGAAAGAUCAUCCAAAAAUCAAGUUAUGCUUGAUACGCAACUGGCAGGAGAAGAUGACGACAUCGUGGUAGAGUCAGAUGCGUUUGCUCAAGAACUCAAGGAAGAAAAUGAGGAGGAAGACGAAGGAGAAUCAUUUGAUUUUGAUGACAUGGAUCUUGAAGCAUCAUCAGAUUUACUUCCUAAAAACAGUCUAGAUCAACCAAAUAUGGAUGUUACACUGUUAAAAGAAAAUGUACAUGUUCCAAGCCAGGAAUUCCAAAGCGAUGUCAUUGAGGACCGGACACAAGAUGAUUGUGGACCUCUGGAACUUGCAGCUCAGGUACCAAAACCAAAGGAGCAUAUGGAUGAUGGACUUGCCAUAGAAAACCUACAAACAACAACAGAGGUAGAAGGAUGUUUACCAGAGGACAGCCAGGUCAACAAGGAAGAAGUUAGACCUAGUCAUCAGCAACAUGAGUCACCUGAAAAUAAAGAAUUCACAGUUGAGAAGCAUCUACAAUCAGCAGAAGAUAUAAGACACAAUGAGGGAGUUAAUCUUAUCUCAGAGAUGGGGACAAGAGAUGUUGGCCAAGAGAUCAUUCACAAUGAAUCAAAGAUUUCAGGAGAGCAGGAGGUUGAGAGGGAAACAACAGUGAGCAACAAGGAAGAUGAUAGAAAGGAAUCUAAAAAAAGUAGCAAGAAAGGGAAGGGUAAAGGGAAAGAAGAAUGUAAAAUGUCUUAAUAUACAAGGUUGUGCAGAGUCUUUUUUUUAUUAUUCAUCUCUUCAACAUUGCAAGUAUGUAGGUCUUAAUGAAACUAUUUUGGGACCAUUACUGUAAAGACUUCUGAGAACCCUAGGAUACCAAAUGUUAUCUUACAGUUUUUGAUAAAGACUUAGUCUUAUCAUCUGCCAUGUUAUUUUCAUAAGUAUGUUUCAGCAAACACAUUUUAUACAUAAAUACUUUACAUCUGAUUAAAAAUGCUGGAUUAUCUCUGGAUGUGAAAUAGGCCAAACAGAAUGUCUGAUACAUUUUUAAAACCGAUCACACAUUAAAUGCUAGCAGUAAAGAGUGUAAAAGGUCAUAUUUACUUUGAAAUGUUACAUAAUGAUAUGAUGUUUCACAUAAAAUAAGUAAUGUAAUAAUAAAAUGAAAGUUUUUGCUACCUUUAACAGCUUGUUUACUAUGCUGCAUUUAUAGUUAUCAAUGACACCUGACAUGUUUUCUAAUUAAAGUGUCUUUGGGUGAAUAGGACACAAUGUAUUUUGUGUGCUGUUUAUAUUAAUAGGUGUGUUCCAUGUGGUAAAUAAAAUACUUUGUUGGGGACAUUCCCUAUUUAAUAUUCCUCGAAGGGUUUGACUGGAACUUUGUAGUUACACUUUGUAUUUCAAUUAAAAUUGUGGGAGAUAAUAACAAGUGGAAAUGUUUAAUUUAUUCUGUUUGGUGACCAAAGACGAUGUUGGAACCUAGAGAUCUAUUGACCUAUCCUAAAAUAAAACCCAAAUUAAAAAAAGAAAAAUUUUAACAAUGCCAGCUGAUUGAUGUCCAGUUGAAUAUUUUAAAGUCCAAAUGAGGAAAUGGCUAUUUUUCAAAAAUACAAAUAAAACUACAGUCAUGUUUUACUAUUUA